CGAGUGACUUCCGGGACAGAUCAGCGCCUCAACGUAGCCCUGGUUCUCCGCCAGAUGCUCCCCCAUACUCCGUCUGCUAGUCCUCCGCGGUCCCGCUCCUCAGCUCCGGUCAUUUCGAGCCGACUCGCCCGCCUCUGCCUCCCGCUUCCAGAACCAGAACCAGAACCAGCCGGAGACUCGGAGCGCCGACCGGUCCGCAACCGACAGCGGAGCCUAGCCGGGAGGCUAGCGGAGUUAGCUGUGCAGGCAGCGGGGUGAGGGUUCGGUCCCGACGAGGCAGAGAGCGCAGCAUGGCGGGUGGCAGCAGCAGUAAGGCCGGGGAGGUUCCGACCCGGAGUCAGAGUGAAGCCAACAGGAAGUUGAAGUACAUCAGCCUGGCGGUCCUGGUGGUCCAGAACGCCUCGCUCAUCCUCAGCAUCCGCUACGUCCGCACGUUGCCAGGCGACCGCUUCUUCACCACGUCGGCCGUCGUCAUGGCGGAGGUCCUGAAGGUGGCGACGUGCCUGCUCAUCGUCCUGCUGCAGAAGAGAUGCGCCCUGAAGGAGACGCUGUGGUUCCUGCUGGACUCGGUGGUCCUGCAGUACCAGGACACGCUGAAGCUCGCCGUGCCGUCGCUCAUCUACACGCUGCAGAACAACCUGCAGUACGUCGCCAUCUCCAACCUGCCGGCCGCCACCUUCCAGGUGACCUACCAGCUAAAGAUCCUCACCACGGCGCUCUUCAGCGUCCUGAUGCUCAGGAAGUCUCUGUCCAGAGUCCAGUGGGUUUCCCUGCUGCUGCUGUUUGCCGGCGUCGCCGUCGUCCAGGUGCAGCAGGAGGGAAAGAAGGAGGCGGCGGUGGCUGACGCCUCCAACCAGAACUACAUGGUGGGUCUGGUUGCCGUGGUGAUCAGCUGCCUGUCGUCUGGCUUUGCCGGCGUUUACUUUGAGCGGAUCCUGAAGGGCAGCUCUGCGUCGGUGUGGAUGAGGAACGUGCAGCUGGGCGUCUUCGGCACGGCGCUCGGACUUCUGGGAAUGUGGUGGAACGACGGCGGCGCCGUGGCCGAGCGCGGCUUCCUGUUCGGCUACACCGGCAUGGUGUGGUGCGUCAUCUUCAACCAGGCGUUCGGCGGGCUGCUGGUGGCCGUGGUGGUGAAGUACGCUGACAACAUCCUGAAGGGCUUCGCCACUUCCUUCUCCAUCAUCGUUUCCACGGUGAUGUCCGUCUACCUGUUUGGCUUCCACGUGGACCUGCUGUUCACCGCGGGGGCGGGGCUUGUCAUCGGCGCCGUCUACAUGUACAGCCUCCCCAAGGCGCCCGGCGGCCUCCCGUGUCCCGACCCCUCCUCUUCCUCUGCGUCCACUGAGCCGCCGAGGGGGGCCGGAGGCGGCGAGAUGGAGGUGUUUCUGCCAAAAGCUCCUUCCCCGGCCGCCAGCGCCACAGACUAAUUCCUGGAGGCUGAGCAGGAAGGAGCUGGAGCGCCCCCUGCUGUUCUCUCUGCCUUAAAACUCUCUGCUAUCUGAAAGAAGCGCCUUACACUGAUUGGGUCCUGCUUGGUAGUUGCUGAUUGGUCGGUCUGUGUGGGGGCGGGGCCACCUGCGGACUGUACGGUGCCUUUUCCUCUCGUCUGAAGCCAUAGGGUGGCGGUUCUGAUCCCGGCCUGGCGUAGCUCAGUCCGGUCCGGUCCGGUCCGGCUUCUUGGUGGGAAUGUGCUCAUUGAUUGGAGCAUUUUUUAAUUCUUCAACUAAUCUGUGAUGUUUGUCGUUGGAGGGGGCGUGGCCUGUCUGUAGGCGGGGUCAAGGGUCAUCGUUUCAUUUUUGUCUCCAUUAAGACCUGAUAUGUUCCUGAAAACCUGAGCAGGUCCAGAAGGAUUCACCAGAACCUUCAUGUCAUAACCCAAACCACCAGAAGAUGGUGCUGUCCAAUAUUCUCUCUAAAAGUCUAGAAAUGAGCUCUAAUGUUUCUGCUGAUGGAUAGUCGUCAUGUGGGCGGAGCCAGGAGAUCGUCUCGGUCCCGCCCACAUCCACUUGCCGUCACCGCCGGGUUUUCCUUCUACAAAGAAAGCAGAAAUAUUGUUCAGUCUCAGUAAAAAGAAAGUACACCCUCACAUUUCACGCAGGUUUCUCCUGUCCAUUAAACUAAGAUCAGAUGAAAUUGAGUAAAACAGAAAUCAAACCCACAGAAUUGGAGAUCACAUGACCUAAAUCAGAUCAGAUUUUUAGUUUUCAAAACCAUAAAAUAACCCAGAAGUCUGAGUUUUCAUAAGACAGAACUAGAUUAAAUCUGAUUUAAAGGUUCUUUCAUUUCUAGAAAAGGCUGCGUUCUGAUUGGACCACCUAAAAUGUCUCCAUCCAAUCAGUCUGAGCUUAAAGGUUCAAAAGGCUUGUUUCAUUUGGUCCCAAAGCUUAUAACUCUUGUUAAAUUCCUUUCAAACUUUUUUGUCGGAUUUAAACACUGUUUUCCUGGUUGGUUGGAAUCGGACCUGGACUCACCCGGAUCACUCGGGUCCAUUUGGAGACAAAAACCCGGCAGAACUGCGACGAUUUCUCUGGAGGAACGUGUUUUUGUUUUUGAGUGAGGAGGAAGAGGAGCGGUCCGGACUCUUCCUCAUGUUGAUGACGUUGUUUGGGAUUCUGGUGGGAUAACGAGUAUUUUAUGGUUUUUCCUGAAUCUGAAACUUUUGUUCAUCUUCAAACAGAAGCUUCAGUUUUUCAGCUGUGCUGAUUCUUACCUGGAGGUGAUUCAGAACCAGUUUUCUCUCCGAGACCCAAAGGUCUGACAGUGAUGAUGAUGAUGAUGAUGAUGAUGGCCAUAGAAGAAAACAGAAUUAAUUCAUAUGAAUCUCAAAAAGUUUUUUCCGUAAUGUUCAUUUAAAGAACAUUCAGUUAAAAAAAUCACCAAUCGUCAAACUAGUCAUUUUCUCCAAACACGAUUGGAGAAAUAGAAAAGUCAUUUAUAAAUCUGUUUUGACCAAGAAGAACAAAAUGAAUGAAGUUUUAUUUUUUCUUUUAUUUCUUUAUUUCUACUUGCUGUGUCUGGUCAUGGCCACCAGGGGGCAGCCUCAUCAGACCCGGGUGGAGUUUGGCUCCUUUUUAAAAUCCUUUCAACGUUAAUAUCUGUCGCGUCAUUCAAAGUAAUGAAACAUUUUCCAUUAAAUAAAUCUUUUUAUAUCUUUUGGUCCACAAAUAAAAAUGCUGAAAAGCCAAAAGUGAAACUAAAAUAUGUUUUCUUUUUGUCUUGUUUUUGGAAUCAUAAUUUAUUAUCAAAUUGAUGUAAUAAAUGUUAUUCCUGAGCAAUAGAAAUACAAGAGAUAAAUGAAGAAUAUAUAAAAAUGUAAAUUAUAGGUAAAUAUUGAUACGUUUUAUUUUAUCUGUGCUGAAAGUGAAAACAUUUUAUAUUUUUUCUGAAAGCUUUUUGUUGUUGGAAAAAAAUCAUGAGCAUCUGACGGGAGAAAAAAUGGAACCAUUGUUUUUAUAUUUGAAGAAACUGAGAUGUAUCAGUUGUUUACAGGGUUGUUUUUAUUUCUGUAUAAAAAUAAAAUCCCAUGACGUUAUGAAUUCACCUGAAUGACGCAGAGUUUCUGUGUUUGGUGGAAAUGUGUAGAUUUUCUGAAUCUGAUCUGAUCUGAGCUGACAGCCUGGAGCGCCCCCUGCUGGAUGUUUUCUUGUGUUGACGAACCGGAAACGGUUCCAGCUCCGGGUUUCAUGUCCACUUCCUGUUUUUCUCAAACUGUUGGGACAGUUUGUGCGGUUGCACUCGGUUGUUGGUUUGUAUCACAGCUUGUGAGUUUGUAAAUACUUGUUUUGGUAAAGUUUUAUCAAUCAAACACUAAA